AUGCCGAGUUUGUUUUUCAUAUUUUAUUGACUUUUUCUUUGAAAAAAAGAAAUUUUUUUCAGGGGAAAUUUCUGUUUUGUGUAGAUCAUUAGCGUUAUAAAAAAACUUUAAAAUAAAUUUUUGGAGAAUAAAGAUUUUUUUAUUUUUUUAGAAAUUUCCGUCCAAUAACCUGAUUUUGCCGAUUUUUCUACAUGUUUUUCAACGUAAGAUCGAUUUCUCUAUUCAAAAAAAUCUUUCCACAUUUUUCUACUCUACAAAUUCCAGGAAAUUCCAAAUUUCGUUCAAAUUUGAAAAAAAGACUGAUCAAAAUUUCUUUCUCUUGUAAAAUUUUCUUCAGCCUUCGCAUAUUUUCAAAUUUUCGGCUUUUUUGAGUCAAUAUAUGAGUUUUUUUCAAGUUUUGAUAAGAAAAUAUAGAAAAAGUGCUCUCUGACUAGUGAGGAAGCGUGCCAAAAUAAGAGGGUUCAGAGAAAUUAGCCUGUGAUAGAGUGUAAUCAAAACUUUAUGAUAAUUUAAUGGCCAAAAAGGAUUUUUUUUUUUUGAUUUCUAUCCCAAUUAGGGUUAUAAGAAAAUCAAUUUUACUGACUUUUAUAGUUCAAUCCUAGUCUUUUAGGCGCCCCCAGCUCGUCGGCGGCGACGUCGACGUCGUCGAUCGGCCGUCAGAAACGGGAGAAACGCCGCGGAUGCUGGAGAUUCUUCUGCGCGGCCGUACUGCUCGCCGUCGGUCUCCUGUUGCUGCUCACGGGCCUCAUCAUGCACCUGGCCGUCGUCCCGACGGUCGUCGAGAAUAGUAUCAUCGAUGUGGGUGGAAGUUUCAGGAAGAAAAAAACUUGUUUUAAUUCAAAAAUUUUUUUAUUACGAUGCUCCAGUUUACGGUCCGAUUUUUUAACUUUCAAGGUAUUUUUUUCAAAUCAAAAUGAACACUAAAAAAAGUUUCCAUUUCGUCUUAUUUUUGUUUCAAAAAACUGUUUAUUGCAUCUUCAAUGUGAGAAUACAUGUUCAAUCGACUUUCAUUAUUUUUAACUGUCUUUAAACGGCGGCAGGAGCUGUGAAUUUCGCUCGUAGAACAUAAGCUACAAGAGAGGUCGUAGGAAGAAGUACGAUGCCGGCUUUCCAAAGGCGGAUGGCAGCUGCAUGCAGCUCCCAAUUUUAUCUACCCUAGAGGCUUGUUCGACCUCUGGGGGACUCGAACCUACGACCUCGCGGACGUUAGAAAUGAGUCUUACCAGCUGAGCUAUGCCGCCCCCUUUCCCUAGGUGUUUCGGUCACUUUUUGCAAGCCCCGACAAAUUGAAUUAUCUACUUGCCCAUCUCUGAUUCAGCCUUCAUUUUUUUUUCAAAGUCUAAUCCUCUAAUUAAAUUAAUACCCUUUUUCAGGCUUACUGAUUUAAUUUAAAGAUUGCAGCCACUGAUACUUGUAUCAAUGAUAUUGAUAUCUUCUGCCUAUUCAUAAAAACGAUGAAACAUAACUUAUCAGGGAAGUCAAAAGAUAAAAAUGAUCAUUUUCACGAUUUUUCAUUUUUCGUCAAGGUUUCACUUUCAAAUCUCAUUUUUUUGUCCUUAUUCUCCUCUCUCUCUUUCUAAUUCACUCGGAAAAUAUAUUUAUAGAACUAUUUAUAUUUCAACGAAUAUUUCUCAAACUCACCAUUUUCAUACAAAUUAUGAAACGUAUCUUAACGAGGAAAUAAAGAAAUUGAAAAUCAUUGAAAAACAAUUUUUCGCCGCUUUUUUUCCAAUUUUGAUCAAUUUUCCACUUCGAAUCAAAAUAAAUCGGAAAAUCAAUUCUCUGUUUGUUCUUUGUCUGCACAUGACAAGAAAAUCGAAAAUCUUUGAUUUCUUCUCCCCAACUUUUGUCUUGUUUUGCAACAACUUGACACGAAAUCAUUCUCAACACGUCACUCCCAUGAAUUAUCACCCCGAAGGAACCUAUUUUGAACCCCACAAAACUUAUCAGAUGACCACGUUUUCGAGCUUUUUUCUUCUCUUUUUCGGAAAGAAAAGAGAAAAGUUCAACGAGCGCCUUGAUUUGGUUUGAAAGGAGAAAAAAAAGGUGACGUCUUUUUUUUCCGGUUUCUCGAGAAGAAAAGGGGGAUUCUGAAUGUGUCUGUGUGUGUGUUGUAAACUGAACUGUUUGACGAAUCUAACCGGGUUAUUUUGCAAUUUUUGGGGUUUUUUUGUAGUUUGAAACUAUGAGGAAGGUUUAUGAAGGUACAAAAAAUAAAUACCGUCUAGUUUGAGACUAUAAAAUGGUCAUUUCGUCUCUUUUUUUGGGGUUUGUAAAGUUUGAAUCUAUAGGGAAGUUUUUUGAGGCCUAAAAAGUGUCGAUUUAGUUAAAAAAUUGCCAUUUCAUCGCCUUUUCUCGAUUUUUUAUACUUUGAACCUAUCGGGAAGAUUUUUAAAGGUUGAGACAGUGAAAAAUGGAUAUUUUGAGGCUUAAAAUUAGUCGAUUUAGUUAAUAAUUUGCCAUUUUAUGCCCUUUUUUUUUGAGUUUUUGUACUUGGAAAUUAUCGGGAAGGAUUUAAGGUAAAAACAGUGGAAAGUAGAUUAUUUUCAAGGCGAAAAAGUCGUUGAUUUGGUACAAAGUCUGUCAUUUUAUCGUCUUUACGGUAUUUGAGAUCUUGUUACGGCCCACUAGGCUAUGGGAAAAAUAUGUAAAUAAGAAAAUUCCAUGAAUUUUUGAAAAAUUCAAUUUUUCUCUUCAAUUUUUUCAGUUAAACUCGUCUUCGAAGAAUUUUAUCGACCUCUGAAAAAAAUUAUGAUUCACGAAAUGUUCAAUUUUUGAAGUGAACUGGGUCUUCAAACAAGUCCAAAGGGACUAUUCAAACUUGAAAAGUCAAAAGGACUUUGAAAAUUACUCACCUUUCGGCCACAAACUUGUUUCCUUUCAGAAUUCCUGAAGUUGAUUCGAUUAAAAUACCAUUUUUCCCGGGAAAACCAAGAAUUUAUCGCAAAAAAGACCAUUUUUGACGUCUUUAGUGCCCUAAUCCCAACACAAAAGAGACACCAAACGCUACCGUACACUUUCGAUUUUCGGAUUAGGUCCUCCAAUGACCUCGUCGAAGUGUUUUCUGGGAAAAAAAUAGUCUUGGAGGGAAAAUCGGAAAAAAAUAGGGGAAAAAUCGGAGGUCUUGCUGUGGAGUUGAGGUGGAAUGAGUGAUUUUUUAGAAAUUUAAGUAGGUGAAAGAAAAAUUUGGAUUUUAGGUGGGAAAAUCAAGUCGCAAAAAGGUUUAAACUACGCUUUAUUGUCGAUUUUUCAAUAGAAGAAAGAAAAAACGGACUUUUCGUUGAAAAAUGAGAUGAAAUGUUCAAAAAAAAAAGCUUAAUUUGUAGUCCAAAGAAGGUAAAUUUGGACGCUAAUAGCCGUAAUGUAUCAAAAAAACCUGGUCGGAAAGCUUAAAAUUAUGCUUUUUUUGAUAAUAGAUUUUUUUGGCAACGAAAAAAACGAAUUUUUUUGUGAAAAAUUAGAUGAAGUGUUCGAAAAAGCUGAAUUUACAGUUCAAAAAUGGAAAUUUGGGCACUAGUAGCUGUAAUGUAUCAAAAAUCCUGCUUAGAAGCUUAAAUUAUGAUUCUUUUCAAGUCAUUUGAUUCCAGGAAAAAAAUCAUGGAUUUUUGGAAAAAAAGCUUCAGAUUGAAUGGAAAUUUUUUUGCACUUUUCGGGUGGUUUUUGAGCUACUUUUUUUCAGAUCUGCAGGUGUACGAUUUUUCGAAAAAUUUAAAAAUUUCAGAUGUCAAAUUUUUCAAAAAAAUUUCAAAAAUUUUACCAGUGAAACUUUGAAAAAAAGCGGUAAAAGGCUAAGAAAAAGCGAUAAAAAUCAAUUUUUUUAUUCAAGAUGGGCUUUUUGGACUCAUAUCACAAUAAAAAAAUGAAAAUCUACUCAUUAAAGAUUAUAUUUUCUAUAAAAAUGACUAUUUCAGAACUCCCGACUGCUCAGCGGCUCCCUCCUUAUGGACAAAUGGAAGAACCCCGCCUACAAAAUGAAGUUCAAACUGUUCGUCUACUCGAUGAAAAACCCGGACGAGUUCAUGGCCGGCGCCAUCCCGGAAGUCUCCGGAUCCGGUCCCUAUACUUUCGACAAAACCAUGCAGAAUCAUGUGAGGAAGGAGAUAUUGUAGUUUGGAGUUGAAAAUUCAGGAAAACGGGUUAUUUGAGAACUUUUCAGUAGAAAAAUUGACAGGAAUUUUUAGAAAAUUUGCAAAACAGGGUUUUUUCCUCUUUACUGCUUUCUUUGAUGAUUUUUUUUGAAGCGGAAAAUGGCUUGCAUUUGAGAAAGAAAAUGAAACAGAUGAAAAGCUCGAAACUCAGAAAAUUUGAUUUCUCGAGAACUUUCUCAAUAUAAAAGGUGACUGACAUUCCAAAAAAAGUCCGUGACUUUUUUUCUAAAAAAAUUAACUUUUUUUCUUUUUCUUUUACCUCUUUAUUUUUAUGACUUUUUUUAAGCCAUGGUAGUUUUGUACUUGAAAAAAGGACCAUACUUUUUUUUCGGAAUGAAAAAAGGUAGUACUCGAAAAUUCGAUUUUUAAGCGCUUUUCAAUAGAAAAAAGUGACAGACAUUCCAAAAAAGUCCGUGAUUUUUUCAUAAACCUUUUUCUCACUCUUUACCUCUUUUCAUGAGUUUUUUGAACCCAAGGUAGUUUUGUACUUGGAAACAGGCCAUACUUUUUUUCAGAAUGAAAAAAAGGUAUUACUCGAGAAUACGAAAAAAGUCGAUUUUCAAGCACUUUUUGAUAGGAAAUAUUGACAGAAAUUUCAGAAAAGUCGGUGGAUUUCUCAUAAUAAUCUUUCAUUUGCCUAUAAAAACUGUUUUUUUAUUGCAUCUUCAAUGUGAGAGUACAUGUGCAAUCGACUUUCAUUGUUUUUAACUGUGUUUAAACGACGGCAGGAGCUGUGGCUUAGGCAGAGAAGUUGUGAAUUUCGCUCGUAGAACAUAAGCUACAAGAGAGGUCGUAGGAAGAAGUACGGUGCCGGCUUUCCAAAGGCCGAUGGCAGAGAUUGAGCCUUUCGCUGCAUGCAGCUCCCAAUAUUAUCUACCCCCCGAGGGAUGAAAGGCUUGGUCGACCUCGGGGGGACUCGAACCUACGACCUCGCGGACGUUAGAAAUGAGUCUUACCAGCUGAGCUAUGCCGCCCCCUUUUCCUAAGUGUUUUGGUCACUUUUUGCAAGCCCCGACAAAUUGAAUUCUCUACUUGCCCAUCUCUGAUUCAGCCUUCACUUUUUUUUUUUCAAAGUCGAAUCCUUUAAUUGAAUUAAUCCCCUUUUUCAGGCUUACUGAUUUAAUUUAAGGAUUGCAGCCACUGAUACUUGUAUCAAUGAUAUUGAUAUCUUCUGCCUAUUCAUAAAAAAACGAUGAAACAUAACUUAUCAGGGAAAUCAAAAGAUAAAAAAAUGAUCAUUUUUCACGAUUUUUUUAUUUUUUUCGUCAAGGUUUCACUUUCAAACCUCAUUUUGUCCUUAUUUGCCUAUAAUUUGUUUUAAAAAAAAGUCUUUCCGAUGAAUUCUUGAUAAAAAUUGUGUGGAAUCCUGUGAGGAUCACAAAUUUUGAGAACAGAGGUCAAUUUUUUUGGGAGAUAAAUAAUUUUUCUAACGAUUUCUAACGGGGAAAAAAAUCACUCUCUUUUUCCUGUAAAUGUUCCAUUUUCUACUGUAAACCUUUUUUACCGUAAAUUUUCAAGUAAAUUGGAUUUUUUUUGCUUGAUAUUUUCCCUUCCUUUGAGUGAAAUUUUUUCCCAUUCAAAUUUUUUCCAAAAAUCAUGUUUCCAGGUAAUAUCAACGGGCAACGGGACGGUCAAAUAUCGUCGUUUCGCGACGUUCCAUUUCAAUGAACGGGAAUCUUGCCAAACGUGUAUCCUGGGCAACAGAAUCUGGGUCCCCAAUAUGAUUUAUCAGGUUUUUUGAAAAAGGGGUGUGGGGUUUAAGGAAUUUUAGGCGUUUAAGAGAAAGUUUUUUUGAGUUUUUUUUUUUGGAAAAAUCAUUAUUGUGAUGAAAAAUAGGGAUUCCACGGUGGUGCCUAAAGGGGUUAGAAGGGAAAAAUACCCCUAUAGGGGCUAAAAAGGGGAUCCCUAUAGGUUAAAAUCAAGGUAGUCUGACCCAUGAGCCCCUGAAGCUUAAGUGGUCCCUAUAGGGGUCUUUCAAUUUUAUUCAAAAAAAGUUUUUUGUUGAGUUUUUUGCAAGGAGAUGCUUCUUUGCAUAGAGUUAUCGAGUAGCAUGUCUCCUAUAGGGACCACUUUUGCAAGCUUUAAUGGCCCCUAUAGGGGUUGGUAAGGUAGUCCCUAUAGGGAUCACUCUGGAGUUUUUAAGAUUUAUGAUGUUCCAAAGAACCCCUAGAGUGACUACUUUUGCAAGCUCAGAACCUUCAAGUGCUUUUAAUCUUGUCCCUUUAGGGAUCACUCUGGCGUUCUAGUGGCGACAAAAGAAACCUAUAGAUUGUAACUGAAGAGGGUCCAGAGAAGAAAACAUAGUUAUCGAUUUAUUUUUAACGCUGUUGUUUUGAAGAAGCUGGAUAAUCAAUAACUGUCCAAACUUGAAGAAAUUCGUCGAGGCUGCCUCGACGGAAGGCAUGAGGGCCGCCGGGACGACUCUUCUGUCCCAAACGGCUUUCCUGGAAGUGGAAGUCGACGAACUACUGUUCGAAGGCUACAAAGAUCCCUUUCUCGACAAAGUUUCCCCCCAAAAUAAUCAUAUCUCACUCAAAAAUCCCCAUUCAGAUCUGCGAAAUCCCCUUCAUGAACUUUGUCUGCGAGGCCAUUCUCGACGUCCCCGACCGAAUCGGCCUUUUUUAUGAAGUUUUUCAGACUCCCUAGGGCUAUACAUUCAUUUGGAUUCCAGGCCAAUAAUACGGACAGUAAGGUGAUCGAAAUUGCCGAUGGAACGGCGGAUGUCAACGAUCUGGGCAAGAUCUUGUCCUAUAACAAUGAAAAGUUGCUCGAUGAGACAUGGUUUGUUAGUUUUUUGCGGAUUUUUUGAGAAAAUUGAUUUUGGUGAUUUUAGAUGAGAAAAAUCGGUUUUUGCGGUUGAAAAAUGAGUUUAAAGCGAUUUUUGUUGAUGAAAAAUGAAUUUAAAACGAUUCUCAUGGAUUAAAAAUGAGUUUGAAAUCAAUUUUGGUGGAUUUCUAUAAUAAAAAUGGGUGGAAAAUCGAUUUUCGUUGAUGAAAAAUGAGUCUGAAAUCGAUUUUUUGUGAAUUUUGUUGAUCAGAAUCAGUGAAAAAUCGAAUUUGAAAGAUUUCAAUAAGAAAAAAAUGAGUGAGAAAAAUCGAUUUUCUUGUGAAGGAAAAAUAGGAGUUAAAAAAAUCGACUUAAGAGCUGAAAAAUGGAAGAUUAGCUUUAAAAAAUCAGAUUUUAAGUCGAAAAAUGAGCUUCUUUGCUUCUGAAAUCGAUAAUUUCACUAAAAAAAUCGUUUUUUUAUAAAGCGGUAUUUUUUUGAUCAUUUUUUUAUCAAUUUUUGGCUCGUUUUUAAAGCCUUUUAUAACAAAAAUUCGAGUUGAGGAACCUCUAAAAAAAGGGAGAAAACGAGAGUUAAAAAACUCAAAUUAAGGUUUUUUCGUUUUUGUAUCGUUGAAGAUCCGAAAAAUCGAUCCUAAAUUUGGAAAAAGCGCUAAUUUUUGUCCAAAAAUCAGAAAUUUGAACGGUGUUUCAGUUUUCAACCUUCAAAAAAUUCUUCCUUCACCUGAAAUUUUUUUUUGACGAUUUUUUAUCAUUUUGUGACAAUUUUCUUCAAGGUGGAACACGGAAGAGUCGCGGAAAAUCCGCGGAACCGACGGAUCACUUUUCAAGCCAUUCAUCCAGAAAACCGACAAACUCUACGUGUUCGUCAUUGAAUUGUGCAGGUUUUCAGAUCAAAUCCGGUCCGAAAUAUGCAUUUUUUGGCGAGUUUCAGAUCGAUUUGGCUCGAAUUCAAGGAGGAAAUCGAGUUCAAAGGAUUGAAAGCCUACCGUUUCAUCAUGCCUCCAGAAGUUCUUGACCCGAGUUUCGAGGGCAACGAAGGCUUCUGCAAUCCCACGGAAAAGGUCUCGGACGGAAAAUAUCUAGUUGCCGCUUAAGAGGCUCCUCAAGGACUACUUGGAGAGGACACUAAAGUGGCCCCUAAAAUUAACUCUAUAGAAGCCCUUAUUUGGUGUCUGACAUUGUUCUCUCCACAGAUUCAGAAAGAGUCUGUAAGAAUUCCUUAGUGACGGAGAAAAUCUCUAGUGACCCCUUAAGAGGCUUCUCAAGGACUACUUGGAGAGGACCCAGUAGUACUGAUUUGACUUCUAGAGAGGCCACUAAAUUUUAGCCACUUAGGUGGCCACUAAAAUGUUAAAACCCUGAAGAGGUCGAGGAAAAAAUGAGCGAUCUUGAACUGUUCUUGUCAGUUUUGGGCCUCUUUUUCGACUUUUUUUCAAAUGGAAUCUGUGAAAGAAAAAUCAUGUCAGUUUUAUAGAAAAAAAGAACUAUUUUUAAUAUUUCCCAAUCAUUUCUCGACUUUUUUAGCGCUUCUUCGAUUCACAAAAUGAGACAGAGUGCUGGCCCAAAGGAUUGUUGGAAAUUUCCCAUUGUCAGAGAAGUUUGUCUUUUUUUUUUCUGCUAUCAAAAGAAGAAGAAAAAUAUAUCAAUUUUGUGAAAAUUUGGAAAAACUAAUAGAGAAAGCUAAAUUUUCGGUAAGUUUUUUCUUUUUUCAGCCUCAGAUACAUGUCAAGAAAGGGUUUUUUCGAUUUUCAGGAUUUAAAAAAACUUUGACCUAACUUUUUUUUAUUUUUUUGAAAAAUAUAGAAAAAGUUAAUUAUUUUAAAUUUUUUUGUAAGAUCAUCUCCAUGUACCUUCUUUGUGUGUGUGUCAUCAAAAUUUUUGGUGGAUUUAUUUUUUUUUUUCUGAGGAAUUAGAUGAUAAAAUCGGAUUUCUUUCAAGAUUUAAGCUUUUUCCCUUGAAACUUAACUCUCGAAAAAAUUUUAUCAUUAAAGAAUUUUUUAAUAACUCUUCAUUUUUCCGAGAAAAAAAUUCCGCUUCAGGCCAAGCCCCGAUAAUGAUUUCGAUGCCAAACUUCUUAUUCGCCGAUGAUGAAGUCAAAAAAACGGUCAAAGGCAUGAACGAGUCGGAUUUGGAACGCGACGGGAUCACCGUCGACAUCGAGCCGGUAACCAGCAACCAUCAGCUAGAAUGAGCAAUGAUGAGCGAUUUUCAGCGACUCGGAACGGUUCUGAGGGCCUGCCGCCGGUCUCAAGUCAACAUUGAGAUGUGGAAGGGCAAGGAUCUGACUUUCCCGUUGGUUUUUCCUUUGAUUUUUCAAGGAAUUCGGAAUUUUUAGGCGUCUAGAAGUAGGGUUAACUUUCCAACUCAAUCAGAUUUUUUUUUUUUGGAUAUUUUGAGGGCUAGAAGUAGGAAUAGAGUUUCAGGUGUUUCAUAGGUUUUUUUUUGAAUAAUAUGAAGUGUUUUUAGUAGUUUCAAGAAAGAGCAGCUUUCAAGGUUUUUAGGAAGAUUUUUUUGUAAGUUUUUAAGAUUUUUAGGUCAUUUCAAGUAGGAAUAGCUUCCUAAGCGUUAAAAAAAAUUUUUUUCAGUUUUUUUAGGAUUCGGCUGCUUUUUUUAACACUAAUAUGAAGGUUUAAAAAAAAUUCAAUAAUUUCUUAGAUAUUUAAUAAAACUUCUAGAGAGCCUUGAAAGUUUUGAGAACUUUCAAAUUAUUCAGAAAAAUUUGGAAGAUUCAUAGGUUUUUUUAUUUAAUGAUUUUAAAGUUUUUUUAGGUAGUUUCACGAAAGAGUAGCUUUCUAGGUUUUUUUGGAAGAUUUUUGUAGAUUUUUUUGAGAUUUUUUUAGGUGAUUUCGAGUAGGAAUAGCUUCCUAGGCAUUUCAAAAAAACUUAUUCAGUUCGAAAAAAACCAGCAGCUUUUUAACACUAAUAUGAAGGUUUAAAAAAAUUCAAUAAUUUUUUUCAGAUAUUUAAUAAAACUCCUAGAGCCUUGAAAGCUAGGAGAACUUUCAAAUUAUUCAGAAAAAAAUACGAAGGUUAUUUGUCAGUGUUGUUUGAAGUUUUUUAUAAGAAUUUUUGGGUUUGUCGGAUUCUCGGAGUGAAAAAUUAGCUUCAUAGGCUUUUUGAAGUCUUUUACGAAGGAAAUUCUGGAUUUUUAGAAGUCUCAAAGUGAAAAUAACUUUUUAGGAUUUGCUGAAAGAAUUUUUCGAGUUUUAGGAAGUCCUUGAACUUCAUAGCCCUCUAAAAACAUGUCAGAAAGUAAGGAAAAUUUUCCUGGCACGUUUGAAGAUUUUGGAAAACGUCCAAGUGCCCAAAAACUACCUAAAUAUCGUUUGAUCACUGUGGCUUGGUCAUUUUUCAAAAUAUCGCCAAGAUUUUUGGAUUUAACCUUAAUAAUAUAAUGAAAGUAGAGACAUUUAAUCAUGUUUUUGAAAAUAAUUGUGUAAAAAGUUAACUGUUCAUCUAGUAAAUAUAGAAUUUGCUAUCCAUCACGCUGAGUUAACAUACGUUUCAACGAGUUUUAAUUAAUAGAAUAAUCCGAAACACUUCAGUGAACAUGAACUCCUUAUUGCGUUCGAUUCAAUAAAUUAGCGUCAUUUGAACGAAAAAUAGAGAAAGAUUUUAUCAAGUUUUCUUUUUAAUUCUUAAAUCUGAACAAAGAGUUGAAAAACCCUUUCAGGGGCCACUCAAGGUUUAGAGGCUUGUGGUCAGUACCUGAUCUCCUAUAGGGACCACUCAGCUUUAGAAGCUUUGUAGUCAGACCCUAAACGCCUAUAGGGACCACUCAAACUUUGUGAGCUUCAUGGUGAGAUCCUAAACUCUAUAGGGACCACUCAAGCUUUAGGAGUGUUGUGGUGAGACUCUAAACUCCUAGAGCGAUCACUAAAACCUUUAGGGGCUUCGUGGUCAGACCCUAAACUCCUAUAGGGACUAGUCAAGCUUUAGAGGCUUUGUUGUCAGAGCCCGAACUCCUAUAGGGACCACUCAAACUUUGUGAGCUUCAUGGUGAGAUCCUACACUUCUAUAAGGACCACUCAGCUUUAGGGGCUUCGUGGUCAGAGCCCUAACUCCUAUAGGGGCCACUAAAACUUUAGAGGCUUUGUUGUCAGAGCCCUAACUCCUAUAGGGGCCACUCGAGAUUCAGCGACUCAAAGAUCAGGCCUUAAACACCUAUAGGGAUCACUCGACUUCGUUCUAUGGAAAGAAUUUCAGGAACAAGUUUUAUUGGCUUGAAAACCUAAACUCCUACAGAGACGACCUAAUUUAUAGGAAUUACAUUUUUGUCCCUUAUAGGAGCUCAUUUUUCUCUUAACUUCUUUAGGAACCACUCUGCCGUCCCUAACAUGUAAGAAGCUUUCAAGUUCUAUGGAAAGAAUUUCAAAAACAAAAGAAAAAUUACUUCAAAGAUCUGUAGUUGUAUAAGAAGACACUAGAGAACCUCCGAAAAGAAAUGAAAAAGGUCCAACUUCAGAAUCAACCUGAAGAAGAUGAAGUCGUCGUUGAUCCCGACGGUCGUCGUCCACGAAGACAUCGAGAUCGACGACGAAUCCCUGGAGCAGAUCCAAUCGCAACUGUACGACGCCGAGUGGUACGCCUACACGUCGGCCACCUUCAUUUCCGUCUUCGGCGCCUUGGUUUUCAUCGUCGGCGCGAUCUUCUUGGCUUAUUUGGUGAGGAGUAGAGGCUAUCAAGUUAUUCUAGAAUGUUUCUCGAAUACUUGACAUUCUUUAUUGAAAAUUGUUACGAAAAACUAGUUUUUAGACGGGUUUUCCAGCAAAAAGUUGUGUGGGUGUCAUGAAAAAAAUAGCCGCGAUAAUGAGCACUUGCGCUCUACGGAUAACUUUUUUUGAAAAAUCAUUUUUAGGACCAAAUUUAAUCAUUAUGGCGACAUUUUUUGUAUCUUUUUUCGAAUAAUAUCUUUAAGAGCAAGUUUAUUUCGCUAUUUCUUUCCGUAGAGGUAUUUUUGGGCCGGUAAAUUCAUUUUUAGGCUAUUUUUCAGGUAUAUUAAUAUAAACCCUAAGAAAACAACCAGAAAAAAGUAUAGCAACGGAAAAUUGAAGUGGAACAAUUUAGCUCAAUGGAGAGAUUUCCCUGGAUCUCAUUUUUUUUUCAAUUUAUUUGAAAAUUCCUGAAUUUUCAAAGUUCUUGGUGUUUAUAGGGACCACAGAAAACCGAAAAAUUGAGACUUUUUCUUGCAGCUCGGCGCAUUUUCGAAAUGUUUCGGCGGGCGUCCAAGAAAACAUCAAGUUUCGCCGCAACGGUUACCGCCGUAUGUCCCAAAAAAUGGGGCUCCUUUGGGACAAACCAACGGAAACGCCUUCCAUCAUUUGUACUUGUAA